UUACAGAUUUUGUGUCUCGCUGCUCUGGUGGGGUUGGCGAUCGCGCAGCACGGGCACGAGCACGCGCACUCCUCGCAGCACAUCUCCAAACACGACGGGCACGCGGAGGAAGUCAUCAUCAAGGAUCACCACGGACACGAGAAACACGUCGACUACUACACGCAUCCCAAGUACGAGUUCAAGUACGAGGUGGAGGACAAGCACACGGGCGACCACAAGACGCAGCACGAGCACCGCGACGGCGACGUCGUCAAGGGCUUCUACAGCCUGCACGAGCCCGACGGCUCCCUCAGGGACGUGCACUACCACAGUGACAAAAAGACCGGUUUCCACGCGGAAGUAAAACACAGCACCCACCACAUAGUUCCUAAACAUCAUCACCAUUAUCUUGUGGUCAGCCGUGUAAUGCACGAUCCUGACAGUGCCGUCGGCCUCGUGCAGGCUGUAGUAGCCCUUCACGACGUCGCCGUCGCGGGACUCGUGGUGGGACUUCUUGUCGCCGGUGUGCGGGUCCUCCACCUUAUGCACGGGCUCGUGCUGCACAUGACCAAGUUGCACGUGGCCAAGCUGAACAUGACCAAGCUGCCCAUGCCCAUGCUCAUGUCCAUGCUCCUGACCAUGGCUCUGGUUGGUUAUGGUGGUAUUCCGGUACGAUGUGUGCACGUCCCUGAGGGAGCCGUCGGGCUCGUGCAAGCUGUAGAAGCCCUUGACGACGUCGCCGUCGCGGUGCUCGUGCUGCGUCUUGUGGUCGCCCGUGUGCUUGUCCUCCACCUCGUACUUGAACUCGUACUUGGGAUGCUAGUCGACGUGUUUCUCGUGGUCCUUGAUGAUGACUUCCUCCGCGUGUCCGUCGUGCUUGGAGAUGUGCUGCGAGGAGUGCGCGUGCUCGUACCCAUGCUGGGACACCACUACGCCGAUAAAGCCAGGCACAUUUUGUGUCUCGCUGCUCUGGUGGGGUUGGCGAUCGCGCAGCACGGGCACGAGCACGCGCACUCCUCGCAGCACAUCUCCAAACACGACGGGCACGCGGAGGAAGUCAUCAUCAAGGAUCACCACGGACACGAGAAACACGUCGACUACUACACGCAUCCCAAGUACGAGUUCAAGUACGAGGUGGAGGACAAGCACACGGGCGACCACAAGACGCAGCACGAGCACCGCGACGGCGACGUCGUCAAGGGCUUCUACAGCCUGCACGAGCCCGACGGCUCCCUCAGGGACGUGCACUACCACAGUGACAAAAAGACCGGAUUUCACGCUGAGGUGAAACACAGCACCCACCACAUUGUUCCCAAUCAUCAUCAUCAUUAAGAGUGGUUUAUUUAAUAUUAUA